AGUACCAUAAAACCAACCACGCUCUUGUAUUUAUUGCCUUCACUUCUUCCUUGUCUCCCCACACCUCUUGUUUACCAUCUUCAUUUCUUUUUCUUAUUCUGGCUAUCGUGAUGAAUUUAAGUGAUUUUAGCAUUUGGGUUGCGAUUUUCUUCUUGAUUUGUGCUGAUAUAAGUCUGGCUCAAUAUUCUUACAUUACGUGGGAUGAUAUGAAAGUGGAUUUUAGUUCUUUGAGUUUGAAGGAUGAACGAUCAUCUACUUCUCAAAGAGUGAUAGUAGUUGAUCAGAAAGGUAAAGGAGAUUCAAUUACUGUACAAGGUGCAGUUGACAAGGUGCCUUUUCAUAAUUCUCGAAGAGUUAUAAUUUACAUUCAUCCCGGAACAUACAGAGAAAAGGUGCAUAUACCAGCGUCGAAGCCAUUCAUUUCAUUAGUUGGUGAUCAAAACCAAACGGCCAGAACCAUUAUUACUGGGCAUGACAAAGCCUCUGACACGGACCAAUUUGGGUCUAAGUUAGGCACUUCUCGAACUGCAACUGUUACAGUAGAAUCAGAUUACUUCUGCGCCACGGGUAUCACCAUCGAGAACACCAUAGUUCCAGAGCCAGAAGGCGUUGGAAUGCAGGCAGUAGCGCUGAGAUUAACGGGAGACAGAGCAGUGUUGUAUAGAGUAAGGAUAUUGGGAUCACAGGACACACUUUUAGAUGAUGCUGGAUCUCAUUAUUUUUACCAGUGUUAUAUUCAAGGAUCUGUUGAUUUCAUUUGUGGCAAUGCCAGAUCACUUUAUAAGAAUUGUACACUUGAUUCAGUAGCCAAAGGAUAUGGAGCAAUAGCAGCUCAGCACAGAAACUCAGUAUAUCAGGAUACUGGUUUCUCUUUUGUCAACUGUAAAAUAAGUGGAAGUGGCAGAGUGUUUUUGGGCAGGGCUUGGGGAGAGUAUUCAAGGGUUAUAUACUCCAAAUGUGAUAUUGAUGGUAUUAUAGAUCCCAAAGGUUGGACCGACUGGAAUCUACCGUCUAGGCGCCAGCAUGCAGUAUUUGGAGAAUACGAGUGCAGGGGAAAUGGAGCCAAUAGAGCAGGUCGAGUGCCAUGGUCCAAGUCUCUCAAUGAAUCUGAAGCUGAGCCCUUUUUGGAUGUAAAGUUCAUUGGUGGACAGCAAUGGCUCAGACUCUGAAUUUCACUACUAAUUUUCUCUCCUGUCAUGUCAAAUGUAAAACAGAACUAAACUGGCUUAUGAUAUGAGCCUCCCACUUUUAUAGGUGUGGAUCCGAAUCCAUCACCCUCAAUUUUGAAAAGA